AUGUCCACCCAAUCCACCCCAAGCAUCCUCUUCACCCACACAGCCCCGCAACAAGGCUUCCGUUUACUCGAACUGCCCCCGGAGGUCGCGGACCUCCUCACCUCGGACAAUCCUCCUACAUUAUACCUCAAAACCCCCACCUCAACCACAGCACAGCCCACCACGAGCAGCAGUAAACCGACUGACCUCCGCGAAUACGUCAACCUCUGCACUCCGACCCAAACCUACCGCAUCCGGCAGGUCCAGUCGUCGAAUUCCUUGCAUAUCUUGAGGCCUAGCGGUAUGGGCGGAAGGGAUACGGGGGAGGGGAACGGGGAUGGGGAUAUGGACGUUGAUGUGGACAUUGAUGUGGGUGUCAAUCUGGCGGAGACGGUGACGACGAUCGCUAAGUGCGGGUCGACGCUUGAGUUGCAUGUGCCGGAGGGGGGGUUCAGGGCUGCGGAGUUCUUGGGGGGGUUGGUGGGGCGGUUUGCCCCGGUGACGAGUGGUGCUGCUGCGACUGGUAGUGCUAGGGAGGGGGAGGGAGAUGCUGGGGCCGCGGAGGAGGACAAGGUGAUGGAGACGGUGUUCGCUGAUAUCCCGGUUUCCCGGGCGGAGUGUGAGAGGGUUUGGGUGGAGGGGUGUGCGUUUGUGUGGCGGGGAAGGGCGUGGGUGCCGACGCCGGAGAUCAAGAUGGAGGUGUGGAAGCGGGUGGUCGAUGGGGCGGUGGUACAGGGGAUUGAUCUCCGGACGCAGUUUCUGGUGGAUGAUCUGUGGAAGUCGGUGGUGGUGGAGGAUGAGGAUGAGGUGGAGGGACAGUUCCCCCGGGCUUUGUUUGAGGCGGUCGUGCGGAGGGUGGUUGAGGGGGAGGAGGGGAAUUUGGACAGGGAGGUUUGUGUACGUUGGGUUGGAGAGACGUAUCUGGAGGCUAUGGCGCCCAUGGCGAGUGCGGCGGUUGGCCGCAGUGAUUUCCUCAACGCUUGGAAGGAUCGUCUACCAGAGGCUUGGAGGGAGGAGGUGGCUCUGGCUAAAUUGACGGUAAGCUGGUAUUUGUUCUGUGCAUGCAAAAGACGGUCUCCAUUGACCUUCGAUGCCGUUUAUCAACUGCCCGACCCGACGACCAUCUCCUUUGUGACUGAAUUCGAACGACAGCGGUCCAAGAAGAAUCUGCCCACCGAUGCUAGUGCUGCCACCGCAGCCAAGAAGUCCAGAAACUGGCACGAGCUCUUCAAGAACCAAAAGCGACAGAAGCGGUGA